CACUGUCCUCAACAUUCCUCCACUUCUCCCCCUGUUUUCCUCUUUUCUCCUUUUUCUCUCUUUUGCCUUUGGGCCCCUCUCUUAAUCCUAAAAUACCCCACACUUCCCUCCUUCAUUAUUAUAUCUUCUUCAACCAGCAACCUCUUGUACUACUCAUAUCUUCAAACUUCAAACUCUUUUUUCUCCCUCCAUCCACUUGCUUCUUUUUUGAUUUCUGCCAUGGCUAGUAAAUUUGAAGAACCAGAGUUUUGGUUGCCUUCUGAGUUCCUAACGGACGACGAAAUACUCUUGGGACUUGGGAACUUGAAGAAGACGGAGGGACGCAAGAAUGAUUUCUCAGACUUGAAUCUCUGUUUCCCCACUGAUUUCCCUUAUGAUUUUUGUCCUCCGGCGUUGGGUUCUCCUGUUGACUCUUUUGUUGCUUCCACUGAGACUGAGAGCGACGAGGAAGACGCUCUUACUGGGUUAACUCGUCAGUUAACUCGUAUGACUCUUAACUCAAACCUUCCCCAGCAUCAAAUCGAGAAAAAUUGGGUGCACUCUGGCUCACCCCAGUCAACCCUUAUUGGAAGCUGGUCCGGUCGGAGCUCCGUGUCUAGCAAUUGUAGCCCAAACGGGUCUUCUCCCCCAACUUCGCCGCUUGGUGCUCAAAAUGAUGCUUGGAAUCUGAUAUACCAAGCAGCGGGCCAAGUUGCAAGGAUGAAGAUGCGUGGCGGUUUUGGACCCACCCGAAAUCAAGGCCUUCCCGGACCGCCUCGGAGCGUUCAUAAUCCGGUCCACACUUCAGCCCCCAUGAAAACCCACAACUCUUGCUUCAGUAAUAUUACUCAUUUUGAGCAAUCCAGAAGAGAGCAAAUAGCGAGGCAACAGAGCAGUGCCAUGUUGAAUAGGCAAGUGAAGAAUGGAUGGUUUAACGAGCUGCCUGUCUGUCAAAAUAGAGGCUUAAGGUCAGGAUUUGGAGUUGGAGCUUUUGUGGAGAGUAACAGGUGUGGAAGGGUAGUGGGUGAUUCGGGUCAAACAGGAUGGUCUGGUCUGCCAUUUGAGCAGCAAAAGCACUAUCAACGACAUUCCGGGUCGGGUAUGCGGGCGGGUCACAUAGGUGGAUCUGGUAACAGUGGCGUUGUGAAGAAGAGGGAGUGCACUGGCACUGGCGUUUUUCUGCCGAGGAGAUAUUGUAGUCAGAAUCCAACUGAUUCACGCAAGAAACCAGUAUGUUCCACUGCUUGGCUUCCUGCUAGGGUUGUUGAGUCUUUGAAUAAGAACGUUGAUGGUUUAAAUGGCAUUCCUUCUCACCCCCAGCACCAGCCUCAGCUUCAUCUUCAACUGCCGCGGUUCAAUGUUUCUGAAUAUGAAAUAAUAAUGGCUAGGAGAAAUGCACUGCUUGCACAACAGAGGAGAAAUCUACAACAAGAAGGAACAAUUAAUCUUGAAGUACGCCUUCCUCAAGAAUGGACGUACUGACUUUCUUUAUUAUUAGCUUCAAAGGUUUAUCAGCAAAUGGUGUCUUUUGGUUAUAAAUUCCCUUUUGGUGUUAGGAAGGAUUGCAAGUAGAAAAUAGGUUAGUUCAGUGAUAGAAUAUCCAAAGUCAGUAUUUUGUGAAAAACAAAAUGUCUGAAUUACAAGGAAACGGUUCCUGGUAAUCAGAAGAAAGGCAAUAAGUGAUGUUUAAUUUUCCUUAAGCUUAGUCUAUUUAGAAUAUGAAGUGUUAAUGCCGAUUAUGGCCUUGGGAGUAUUUUGUUUUUGUUGCCUUAUAAAGAAGAUCAAGCAGCACAUAGGGGUUAGAACAGGGGAGUUUCCCUCAAUUUUUGUUUGUAUAAUAAGUGGAAUGCAUCUUGUGUUUGGGGGUGAGCUUUAAAAUUUCAUUGCAAUGGCCAAACUUUGUAGGCUUGAAGAUGCAGAUC